AUUGUCCACACUCCACUCUCUAGCGAUACCAACCGGUUUCACUGUCACAGGUUUCAACUUUCAUUGACAAGUCAAUUGUGAUUUGUGAAGUUGUCAGAUUUAAAGCUAGAGAAUCUUUAGAAAAUCGAUUUGUCCGGCAAAGAUGGUUGAGAAGGUAGUGCUGGUCACAGGCGGAACUGGUUUGGUUGGAAAAGCAAUACAAAUCGUGUUGGAAAAGGAGAGUAAUCUUGAUGAAAAAUGGAUUUUUAUUGGCUCAAAAGAUGCUGACCUAACUGAUCCCCAAGAGACACGUAAAAUUUUUCUAAAGCACAAGCCAACGCAUGUGAUACAUUUAGCAGCGAUGGUCGGUGGGCUUUUUCACAACAUGGCUCAUAACUUGGAUUUUUUUAGAAAGAAUAUGAUGAUCAAUGACAAUGUUCUUCAGUCCAGUUUUGAACAUGGAGUUGUCAAAGUUGUUUCGUGUCUGUCUACUUGUAUUUUUCCUGAUAAAACAACCUAUCCUAUAGAUGAAAGCAUGAUACAUAACGGGCCGCCACAUCCUUCGAAUUUUGGCUACAGCUAUGCAAAGAGAAUGCUGGAUAUUCUAAACAGGGGCUAUUAUGAACAGCAUAACAAAUUGUUUACGUCUGUUGUCCCUUGUAAUGUUUUUGGCCCUUAUGACAACUUUAAUACUGAACAUAGCCAUGUCAUUCCAGGAUUAAUAAGGAAGUUACAUGAUUCUAUGCAACGAGGUGAUGAGACUUUCACUGUCAUGGGGACUGGAAAACCUAUGAGACAGUUCAUAUAUUCUUUAGACUUGGCCAAAUUGAUUAUUUUAGUUUUGAAAGAUUACAAUGAAGUCGAGCCGAUUAUCCUUUCAGUUGGAGAAGAGAGUGAAGUUUCGAUUGCUGACACGGCUACUUCGAUAGCAAACGCUUUCGGAUUCAAGGGCGAAAUUAUUUUCGAUACAACAAAAGCAGAUGGACAAUAUAAAAAAACGGCCAGCAAUAAAAAAGUCCAAAAGCUUUGGCCAGAUUUUAAAUUCACGCCUUUCUCGGUCGCAAUAAGCGAAACGGUGGAAUGGUUCAAAACACACCAAGAUGUUGCUCGAUUAUGAUAUUCGAGACUACUUAUAUUGUAAAGAAGAUUUAAAUAACAGUGCAGCUUGUUGCGUGUUAAUGUACAAAGUGUAAAUUAAAAUAUUUAUUGUAU